AUCGCAGGUGAUCUGUAUCUUCCAAAAGCUUUGGACCGGUAAGAGACCAGAGGAUGAAGGAACUCCACAGAGGGACGGCAACAGCUCUGGCUCUCUUGCUUUCCACUUCUUUCAUUUCAUACUCCUGGAGCGCACCUCAGGGUCACCUCCAAAGGAGAAACUGGACUCCUCAGGCUAUGCUCUAUCUAAAAGGGGCACAAGGCCGGCGGUUCAUCUCAGAGGAGAGCCAGAGGAAGGAUCUGUAUGACGGGUUGCAGCUAGAAACCCGCAGCCAAAAUACAAACCCCUUAACCUUUUCCGAAGCUGCAGCAUUAUUUCUUUCCUCUCUACGGAAAGCACAAGAAGAUGAAGAAGAGGCCAAUCAGAAUCCCGGAUUCAUCGGUGAUGGCCUAUCGAACUGGUGAAGAGUCAACACUUGAUAGAUACGAUCCUACAUUAGAUGUUCUUAAAACAUAUUUUCUUGUCUAUCUAAGAAAACCUCAACGAUUCCCAUUUCAUCUGUUCAGCCCUCCUGCCUCAGCUGCCUGCUGUAUCAUCUUAACAGGACCCAUCCUGGCAGUAUGAAUGCACUUUGUAAAUCAAUUGUUAAUGUUGGCUUCCAAACCCCUUUUGCAUGCACUUAAAUACGGCUGAGCUCAUGUCCUGCCUUGCAGGUCUUUAUUUUCUCUUUGGCUUGGUGAACCUUUCAGAGUAAAUGACAAAGAAUCCUAACCGUCAUGCAUGCAUUGGUAGAUGAUAGAUUUCAUAGAACCAUAGAGUUGGAAGAGACCCCAAGGGCCAUCAAGAGAAUCUUGGGAAGGGUAUUUUGACAGAGGCACUGAGAAUUCACUGCUAGUGAUCUUGUUUGUAGAAUUACAGUACUUAGGCCCCGUCCGCACAUGCAGAAUAAUGCACUUUCAAUCCACUUUCAAUGCACUUUGCAGCUGUAUGGA